GCUUGCUAUUCUUUUUUUGCACUGGCAUGAAUCACAUCGUCGGUCUCGCAAGCACUGCCUAUUCCUGUUGAAUGCAAAUCACAGCCUCUUCCAUUCUCCGAGCUGACCUGCAUCUGUCCUUGCUUGCAUCUGGUAGCUUCGUCUCCGCCGCUUAUACACAUGGUGUUCCCUGGGAGGCUUAGCACCGGCUGCUAUGUAUGCCGGAGGCGUAAAGUGAAGUGUGAUGGUGCUCGACCAGCAUGCCGUCGCUGCGUCACACACGGAAGGCAGUGUACGGGUUAUCCGGAUGCCUUUGCCUUUCGUGAAUAUAAAGCCACGAAAAAACCUCAAGCAGGCAAGGCAGCAGCCAGGAAACGAACCAAAAAGACGACGGACGGUGAACAACCCGCGAAUGGCUCAACAUCACCGUCCGCGGCAGUAUCAGAUCAAUAUGGAACGGAUACACGUCUGAUUCCCACUAAAUCCCCAUCCACACCACCUAGCCCCCCUGCUGCGAUAACGCCAUGUUUGGAGUGGCAAUCACUCUGUUAUUUCUUUCAUCAGCAUGUCCUGCCCACCGAGAAGUCUCCCUGUGAGGGUCAUCUUGCGUUUCUUCCUGAGCUAUAUCAAGAGAAAGGCAAUGACCCUUCCUUGAGACAUGCCAUCCUUAGCGUAUCCUACCUUUCGUUAUUCAACACCGCUCGCGUAAAUGAGCUCUAUGUGAAUGCUAGGAAGCAUUAUGGCGUGGCAUUGAAAUCGCUCACAGCGUCACUCAGCAACAGGGAGACCUCGACUCAAGACGAGACGUUUGCAGCUGCGCUAUUCUUGAGUAUGUUCAUGGAUCUAAGCGGCGAGAGACAGGGGGCAGUCAAUCCUCAUAUCCCUGGAAUAUGCUCUCUAAUGCAUCUUCGGGGUAGACCAGAGCGCAGUAGCAAAUAUGCCCGCAAACUCUUUGGUUGGGCAUUCACUCAAAUACAAAUUCAAGCGGUAGCGAAUAAUCAGUUUGCGUAUGCCUGCUUGCCAGCGUCUAUCAAUAUGGUGUACAAUCCCGACUACGUGCUACGCUCAGGGAUAAUUACCAGUAUGAUCUCCGAGUUCUGUCAAGGGGCCAGCGAGUUCCGAAGAACCGAACACAACUACCCGCCCACCGCCAGGGCCCGGUUAUUGCAUUCCAUUUUGGGACGGGCGUAUUUCAUCAUGGAACAAAUCAACAUUUGGGACGAGGCAGUCCCGAAACAUUGGAAACGCCAAUUUGUCGUGCCGGGUAUGGGCCAUGUGAAUCAUGCAGAGCAGGCUGCUUCACCAGAUCCAUGGACCCCAUGCUUCUUGGCCGUCGUCCAGGCAGCACAGAUUCUCUAUCUCCUCCACGUGUUCGAGUGUUGGGAGAAGUUCGUUCCAUUUGCAUCUGCGAUAAACGAUGAACAUAUUGAACAUUACCCUGUAGAGACCUUCAGCGGGAUAGACGAUCGGAUCAGAAGCCUGAUAGAGGUGAUUUGCGACACUGUGACUUACACAUUGGGACAUGUCACCCCAAAUCAUGAAUUCCAGCUGCACCCCCACAGCAAGCUGGCGAAUGGAUACACGCUUCUGUGGCCGAUGUGGGUGGUUGUAAAUUCCGGGCUUGCGACAGCAGACCAAUUGACUCUCUGCCGGCUUGCUCUCCAGUGUGUUGGUUCGACCAUGGGUUGCCGGGUGGCCUCUGUCCUGUGCGCAGAUGGUAGACCGGAAGAACCUCGUUCAAGCAUACUUGAACAAUCCUCAAUGACUCGCAGCCUCACGGCGGUGCAGUAAGCUGCAAAUUAUGAACCUUUCAUGCCGUGUUAUGAGACACGAUGAACAUUAUGAUUUAUACCCUCGAUGCUGAGACGACAGCAGUUUGGGCGACUGUAUGCCUGAAAUGAUUUCCCAUGUCGCAUUUUUCCCCCCCAAAAUCUGAAUAACUUUUAUC